CGGUCGUAGCACUGAAGAUGUGGCGCGCGACACAGCUCCGCCAAAAAACAGUUUCUGACAAACAUGGCGACAUCUUAACACGAGACUAACAUGAGACUGCACAGUAAAGGAUACUAUCCCAGGUAGUUUGCCCAAACAAGGAAGCGAAAAUCAUCGCAGUGGUAAAGCAAGACCAAGGCAAGGAGGCUGGACCAAGCCUUCCUCCCAGAGCCACUGGAGUCGGGGAGAACGUAAAUGCAUGCAAGUGUGCCGUAAAACGGGUCUACGCAUAGGACAAGAGCGGAGCGGCGGGUAGAGGAGGUGGGGGGCAAGACAUGUUGCUAAAGAAUACUAGCAUCUUCAUUGGAGAGCCAUGGAGAACACGGCCCCAUCGAUGCACUAAUCUCUCCACGAACACAUUAAUUGAAUGGGAAUUAGGCUACCGAUAAUCGCGGAGGUAAGCCUGGACCACCGACUACACCACAACAUUUAAGAGGAGAAAAACGCAAAUUAGACCCCACGUCAAUGAAUGUUGUGACAGAGAAGCCCCCACGGUGGAGUCGGCCGGUGAAGCGCGUUCCCAAAAUAUGACCAGGGGUGCUUGGACGUGUCGGCAGCAAGAUGACGGCUUAAAAAUCUGGCUAGAACCCCGCGAGAACGAAAAGCCAUUCACCGACUCAGAGAGGGCCCAGAGAUGGCGACUGUCCUUGGCGUCUCUCCUGUUUUUAACCAUUCUGCUCUCCGAUCACUUGUGGUUCUGCGCGGAGGCUAAAGUGACAAGGACCCGUGAUAAGUUUUCAUCAAAAGACUUUGGCGCUUAUCCAUCAAACCAUAUACCACCCAACCACCAUUUAGCUAACAGCAGCCUCAGAGGAAACGAAGAUGCUAUUUUUAUAGGAAAUUCUACCAAACCUUUGUGGCGACUUGAAACUUGCCACCUCGAUAGUUUAUCUAAAAACUGCUUUACUUUUGAUGAUGCCGACCAUUUGUGCAAGGGCAUUUCCGAAAAAGAGGGGACGCGGUCUGUAAAUAUUAGUGAUUUAUACCUUUCCUUUUGUAAUUCUUAUUCUCUUCUGGAUUUGUUUUACGGGUCUACAAGUCCGGACAAUUUGAACUGCAGUCUUGACGUGCUCGUUGAUGGCGAUAUGGCAAGGUGCAGUCUUUGCGUCCAGGCGUACCAGCGCUACGACCAGCACGCCCAGGAAAAAUAUGAGGAAUUUGAAAUUAUGACUCAGAAAUACGAAACGGAUGCAUAUUCCGUGAGAACUUGCAUGGAGCAGUGCAAGGAGGCCUAUAAGCCCUGGCUGUGUGCCCAGUAUUUCCCGACCGCCCAGAGGCAUUGUGGGAGGACGGUGCCAUGUGUCCAGUACUGUCUGGAGGUGCAGCAGAGGUGUCCCUUCAUCCUGCCUGACAACGAUGACCUCAUCCACGGAGGCAGCCCCAGCUUCAUCUGCACAGGGCUUUUGGUGGAUUCAGAGCCGGAGAGCAAUGCGGAGUGUUGCGAUGUCCGAUGGGACUCCAAACCCGACAACCGCUCUCGCGGGACACUGAAAAGGACUCCUCCCUCCUGUAACCACCAGGGGGCGUCAGUGACCUCGGCCGCCGCCCCCAGACUUUGUAACGGGCGUCUGAAGCUCUGCCUGCUUGUCCUUGUUCUUCUACAUACUGUUGUCACCAUCACCACGUCCCACAAUUCCACUGGGGUCAGCGUGACGGCCAUUUUCUCACUGGAGGAGAGUCCCCCCAGCGAGGAGUGAUUGGGGGGCCGCCCCCCUGGAGGGUUUGUCCGGGACUGAGCUUGCAGUGAGGACUGUUCUUCUUGGAUUUGACCCCAAAAUGGCUACCUUGACUCCAACCGACAACAUCCCAUCAUUUCCCAUCCGUUCACCGUCUGAGGCAGGUCGGAGGAUGGAGGAUGGGGCGGAGGAUGAUGGGGUUGUGGUUUGAGGGUCGAGGCUUGCUAGAGGUCGCAGCCCGAGGGACUGACGUCUCACCGUGUCACUCUAAAACCUGUUCACCUGUUUCCGUUGUUUUGUCACACCAGGAUGUAUUACAUCAUUUCCUCCCCCGUCCCUCCCCACGAGCACUUGUUCGUGACGUUUUGGAACGUGAGUGGGUUGUUGUAGAGUAAACGAGGCAGCGAAUUGUAGGGAAAGAUGUAGCCAACUUAAUGUGUUUCUGUACACCCGUCACCUUUGCCCUCGACGUUUCUGCUGCUUUUCAGAUGCCAGAAAGUUCUAAUAUAUUCGAUUCUUUACGAACAGACAAGCUUUGGUGGGUCAACCCCACUCCUGGAUGAAUGGCGUGAGAGAGAGAAUGCCUAGAAAGCAAUAGUCGACAUGCAAGAGCUGGCUUCCCAACACAGAUUAAAACCUACUUCUAGAUCGAUUGCAAACUGUAUCUGUGUUGGGAAGACUGGUUUGCAGAAGUUUAGUCUCUAACCCUACCAGGUCUGAAGGGUCCCAUGUCCAAUUCCCAUGCCCCCGGAUCUUGUUUGAGUCUGGGUCCGCCAUCAUCCCAUAUGUUUUGUGUUUGAGGCAGCCUAAUAGGCAAGGAUCAGUGAAGCUCAAAUUUACCUCAAAUCAAGUGACGUGUUUUGGACUUGCUGCGAGUCAGCCUGUACGGCCGCACCAGGGUGCUGCAUGGCCGCUGCUUCUGUCCUGGGUGCUCGAGGUCUGUCCCAAAGCGUGGACGCCAAACACAGGCAUCUGCUACGGAGCGGGGGGGAUUGUCUGGACGUGGUUGUGAGGAAGCCUUGACACAAUCAGUCAUUCAAUCUACCAAUCAAUCCACCGAUUGUAUCUUUCCUUUCGACCUGGUCCGGCCCUAUGUUUACCCAGAUGACCAUCUCCUUAUAAAUGGUUCAGUACACAGAGCUAAGGGCUGCGCAGUCGUCAGUGUGAGAGGAAUGAGUUUAUCAAGGGCUGAUUACACAUAUUUCCUGUUUCCUGUUUUGUAUGGCUGCUGCUAUUGCUACUCAGACAUUAAAUAGCUUGUGAAAGGGGCUGAUGGGGAAAAAUAUUUUUUAUUUCUCCAGCUUUUUACUUCCCUAGGUCGCUGUAAGCAUACAACAUAAUACAAAUGUUAGGAAUAAAUGGUAAGAUGGCAUUGAUACCAGGUGUGUGUGGACUUUUCAUGUCCAUCCUCUACAAGGUAAAGUAUAUUUGGAUACAUUUACUUUGGCUUUCUUAUGGUAUUCAAUUUGACUUAUUUAUUGUGAUAGCUGUCUAGUAACCCCCCCAUGACUCAGAGUUGAACACAGAUCCUCGUUCCUCAUAACCGUCAAUCCACCUAAAAACGUAAUCGUUUCAUUCAAACGUACAGAACCUCCCCUUCCACCCUCCCAGAAAGACAGCAGCGGAUGUAUGCCCUGUAUCUAUAUGUAGGUAUGAUCACCUCUCCCCAGUCACACCCCCCCCCCCCCUCCCCCCGCCACUUCCACCUCCAAAUAUUUCCCGAUCUGAAUCCAGUGGAUCUAUGCAGAUGUCCUCCUCUCCUCGUCCUUUCUGCUGUAAAUAUGUCCUCGAGAAGCGGGACCCUCAAGAUGGCCGUGUCUCUGAGACCACCCUGUCGUGUUUUCUGUUCCUGUAGCUUCCUAAGGUUGUUUCUCCCUGUUUCCGGCUGCCUUUUCUGUUACUAAAUGUUGACAGCAGUGUCAGUUGAUCAGUAGGGAAUGAGCUGAGAGGAACUUGGCCGAGAUUGACGUCUGCAAGAAAAUAGUGAUGAGAAACGUUGGGGCAAUGUUGGGAAAUGAUGAUUAAUGAGGGUUAAAAGGUAUACAUAGAUGAAUGAUUAUUCUAUUGUUGUCAUAUUGUCAUACUAGAGAUGCUAUAGUUUGCAAUUUCUUUUUUUUAUGACAAAAAGACUUUGAAAUUAUUUAUAAUGUGACCCAAAAGUUGUGAUCUUUCUGGGACAUAGAAAAACGCGUCCACAUUUAUUAACAUUUUGUUCAAAAGAGAAUAAAUAGAAAUUAUGUUAA